AUGGUGGCUGCACCGGCGACUGUCGUCGCCGCCGUGUACGUGCUGGUGAUGAUGAUGGCCUCGGUAGUCGUCCUGCUCGUCGCGCCUGCGCCGGCGGCGGCGGCGGACGGCGAGUGCGACCCCCUGCGGGACGUCGUGGUCAAGGAGACCGCCGGCGGCAUCCAGCUGGACGGCGCCAAGAAGUACGGCGUGACGGUGGUCAACCAGGCCGGAGCCGCCGCCGUCUCCGGGGUCCACCUCGCGUGCGGUUACGACUUCCGCCACGUGGACGACGACGUCGACCCGCGCGUGCUCGUCCAGGUCGCCCACGGCGACUGCCUCCUCCUCGGCGGCGGCGCCAUCGCGCCCGGCCGCAACGUCUCCUUCGCCUACACCAGCUACGUCAGAUAUGACAUGCACGUCAUCGCCGCCACCUGCGCCACCGUACCUUCAUCUCAUAAUAAUAUAUAA